AUGGAAGUAAAUCCAGUUAAUCUACAUAAAGAGGAAACAGAAGAAAAGAAAGACGUGCUGCAACAAGAUUCUGGAGCCGCUGAAACUUUAACCACAGCUUCGGAUGAAAAACAUGCAGUUGAGGCUGGCGAUGAAGUUAGCCGAGAACAAGAUGUUGAUGACGAUGAAAAUGACAAGGAUAGUCAACCAGACGACGAACAGAAUCAAGAGGAGACCACUAUUGAUCAUGCACUUCCAGCCGAUAGUGCUACUACCACUGAACAGGACGGUGAAAAUAGGACAGAACCGGAAGAAGUAAAAGAACCAGUAGAAAGCAAUGAAACCGAGCAAGUUACCGCGACAGAUGAGCCUGAUGUCCAGAAAUCUACCAAUGAAAUUGUGAGAGAGCUAUUUGCAGAUGCAACUCCAACAACCGAGAAUAAACUGUCAAGUCCUGGUGAUAACCUUGAAAGCGAAGACUAUGACCCAGAAAGUGCUUUUGCUGACAAUAACGUUGAGAAAGACUCUAUAUCUAAUGAUUAUUCUGAAAAUCAAGAAAACAAAGACAAUUCUGAUUAUGAACCUGAAUUUAAAGAAGAAGAAGAAGAAGCAGAAGAAGCAGAACGUAAAUCACCAGUUGCCACCGGCUUUUCUUCGAAAAAACCUCACGGACUAGCAGGAUUACCCCCGAAACCACCAGUAAAUGCUACAGUGAAACCAUCUACAGCAGCCAUUACAGAAGAAAGUAGCUCUCAACAAAGAUUGAAGGAUGCAUAUGACGCUAUUAUAAAUAGCCCUAUUGGCAGAGACCCUGAAUUUUUAAGGUUACCUGCAGAAGAACAAGUAGACGCAAUUAAAGAUCAGUUACAGAAACUUGGGAUUGACCUAUCUUCUGGAAGCCACCCUAUCAAUUUUGAUCAAGUAUAUUCUUACAAUAAGCCAUUUAAAAACUUGAAGGACCCAAUUCCUUUAGUUCCUAUUGGCGAAUUCUGUCGUAGACCGAAUAUUACUGCUGCUAUGACUCCUGAAGAAGAACAGGAAUAUGCAGAAUUUAUUGAAAGAGAGAAUUAUUAUUUGAAUUUACAAAACUGGGACGAAUUCCCUGAUAAGCUGAGACUAUUUAUUGGUAAUUUACCAGCAAAUACCAUUUCCAAACAAGAUUUGUUCAGAAUUUUUUCUAAAUACGGUGAGGUUAUUCAGAUUGCAAUCAAAGCAGGGUAUGGUUUUGCACAAUUCAGGACCGGAGAAGCAUGUUUGGAGUGUAUUAAAGGUGAAACCGAUAUACCAUUACAUAACAAGAUCUUGCGAUUGGAUGCUUCAAGACCACAGAAGUCAAGACGUCCCGGGCAUCCUGAAAUUAAUAAUCCAAACAUGAGUGGACGCGGCAGGGAAAGAGUUAGAGACGAAAGUGAAGAUCAAGAUCAACAACCUAGUCAUAAAAAGAGAAAAGGGAGUAUUGAUUGUCAGGUUUAUGUUACUGGGAAAUCAUCUGUUUUUUUCAUACGAAAGGUUAAAAAAGCUUUUGCAAUGUCACAAGUUACCAUAGAUGUUGAAGAUGUAACUCAGAGAAAUAUAAGCGAGGUUUUGAGUGAAGCAGCGUAUUCAGGUGUAUUGGCUGCCUGCGUGAUCAAAGAACAGAAAGUCGAUAUCCAAACGUUUGAAAAUACACCAGAUGGAGGAAUCAAAUUUGAUGAAUAUGCUGAUGUGGAACCUGAAGAAGGUGCAGAAAUAGUUUUAAAGGCCAAGGUUAAAAAAUAUGGUGACAGAUUACCGGCUUAUGUUCCUCAAGAUACUAGCUACCAUGAUAAUUCUAGAAGUCAUACCGCUGGCCCUGCUCAUAGUAGUGGUCCUCGUAGAGGAGGUGAGCGUAAUAGAGGAUCUAGAAGAGGUGAUAGACAUGGUGGUAGACGUGGUGGAUAUGGUGCACAUAAUAACGAUUAUGGCCAUGGACGUGGUCGAGGUUCUAAUUAUGACUCUUGGAACCAACAACCUUAUGGGUCCGUGCCACCACCCCCUCAACAACAACCUUAUGGCUCGGUACCGCCACCACCAUCGUCAUCGUCAUCACGACAACCACAUUCUUAUGGUCAACCAUAUUAUGGGAACCAGCAACCUUCCUAUGGUUCGCCUGUGCAACAACCGGCUAUCAAUCAGUGGAAUUCUCCUGUUCAACCUCCACAAAACCCAGCCAACAAUUUAUUACAAGGACUCAACGCGGCACAAAUUCAAAGUAUGAUUCAGUUGCUUCAAUCUCAGCAACAAGGGGCACCUCCACCACAAGGAAAUUACGGACAGCCUUCUAGACCUGGCCCUGCACCAAAUACUUAUGGAGGAAUGGGGUACAAUAAUAAUUAUGGAUCAAAUGCCCCAUCAUUGGCUCCACAACCUCAAGGACCAAACGACAAUACCGCUAAUCAAGUUCAAGCAUUGCUUGCCCAGUUGCAACAAUCAAACCAACAAGGUAAUGCUUAUGGGCAAAACUCAUCUCAAAAUCAACAGGGCCAAGGUAGUUCUUUUUAUGAUACCUUGUCCAGGUUGGCCAAACAAUAG